AUGAUUGAAAAGAAAGAGGCGACCUCAUGGCCAGAAAGAAAACGACAUCAUCACCACAAAGACAGACGACAUCAUCACCACAAAGACAAUCGACAUCAUGACCAGAAAGACAGACGACAUCAUGACCAGAAAGACAGACGACAUCAUCACCAGAAAGACAGACGCCAUCAUCACCAGAAAGACAGACGACAUCAUCACCAGAAAGACAGACGACAUCAUGACCAGAAAGACAGACGACAUCAUCACCAGAAAGACAGACGAUAUCAUGACCAGAAAGACAGACGACAUCAUCACCAGAAAGACAGACUACCUCAUGACCAGAAAGACAGACGACAUCAUCACCAGAAAGACAGACGACAUCAUCACCAGAAAGACAGACGACAUCAUGACCAGAAAGACAGACGACAUCAUCACCGGAAAGACAGACGACAUCAUGACCUGAAAGACAGACGACAUCAUCACCAGAAAGAUAGACGACAUCAUGACCAGAAAGACAAACGACAUUAUCACCAGAAAGACAGACGACAUCAUGACCAGAAAGACAGACGACACCAUGACCAGAAAGACAAUCGGCAUCAUGACCAGAAAGACAGACUACAUCACGACCGGAGACAAACAACAUCAUCACCACAAAGACAAUCGACAUCAUGA